UCCAAAAUUUCCAUUUUUCACUAUUUUUCUUAAAUGUGUAUCAAAUUACUGAAAGUUACCGUCGGAUGAGUGUUUCAUUAUAUUCCUCAGCUCUAAUUCUAGUCUCUAUUUAUUGAAACUUAUGUGAAAUCAAUACGCCACUGGUAUAAGCGUCAUGAGUAAAGCUAACCCUCUUUCGGGCUUGCUUGCCCACUAUGGUGACUCCGAUGAUGACUCGGAGGAUGAGGGGCCGAGGUCUUCCAAAAUGCGGUCAGAUCUGUACAGCAAGGAGGCGGGAGGCGCCCCGGAGGAGGCGGCGACGGAGCCGGCGGCCGCGACCGUGCACCCGGCGCCUGUGCCGCAUUGCCCAUGGUCAGCAUGCUAUGAUGAGGCGAGCGGCUACACAUACUACUGGAACCAAUUCACUAACGCGGUGACAUGGGAAGCACCACCCGAGUACCUGCUGGCUUUGAAGCUGGCACAGCAGCAACUUACUGUUACAGGCUCAGCAGAAGUGUCAGCGGAGGAAUGGCAGUUGUACCAGCAAGCCCUGGCUGACAAGCAGAAGACACAGGCCACCGCCUCCACCAUCGCCAAGCCCCCGGCCAUCAGCAAUAGUUCAAAGACUAUGGCAAACAAUGCUAAGAAUACUAAGAAGCAGGCCGUGAAUGGUAAACCGGGGAAAAGGAAGCCUCCGUUUGAUAGUGAUUCUGAGGAUGAGAAAAUUGAGCUGAUAACUUCAUACUACCACUCAGACUCAGAUUCCAAUGACGAAACCACCAGCCCUGUGAAGAAGACACCAGCCCCAGCUGCCGCGCCCAUUUCCAAACCCACCAGCAAGCCGAAACCACAACCAGACACUCCCAGACCCGCCAAGAACCCAUUCAAGAAGCAGAGGACCAAACCAGUGGAGUAUGGACCUCCGCUUCCUCCCAACCAGGACUAUAAGGUGCCUAUUGGACCUGAGCUACCGCCAGAGCUGGUGGUUGAGGUAAAACCAAAGUCUCCGGAGAAGAAGGAGGUUGUAGAAGUGCUGGUGCCACAAAAGAGUCCAGAGAUUGAGCAAAGGAAGAGUCCAACUCUUUCCAUUGAUAAUGACGAUGAUGAUGAAUUACUCAAAAAGUUAAAAGACAAAGCUAAGCUGUUGGAAAAACUUGGAGGCGAACUUCCGUCAGAACUGCAACAGAUAAUCAAAGAUGAAAAAUCAUCAGGCACCGCGUCACCAGUAAUUAAGAAUAUUGAUGAAAAUAGCAAUAAUAGUAAGAGCACUAUUGACACUAACAUUGACGAUCUUCUGGAGGAAAUAGAGAAGAAAGAAAUGCCAAAAAUAUCAAAGGCCAAAGUCAAAAUAGACAUAUUUGAUGAUGAUACAAAAGUUGAUGAAAAACUCGAGAAAGGUUUGGAUAGUGGUAAAAGCACUCCUAAGGAGCUUUCAAGAAGUAGCACACCAUCCAGAGAUGAAGAAAUAAAGCCUCUAUUCCCUAGCAGUCAAGCCAUAACUGAGAAACCGCCAAAAACUUUAUUCCCAAGUUCAGCAAACAUUGAGGAGACACCUGUUGAACUGGGAUCGCCUAAACCUGAAAUAGCUCCCGAAAUAGUCGCUGAAAAGAAAGGGGCUAACAUCUACCUAAUGGGAACUGACGAGGCGAUAGAAAAACCCGGUAGAAAAAAGCUCCGGAUAUCAAACUCAGUGUUACCAGAACGGAAGAAGAUUGAAGUUCCGUCGUACACAACAAAAUACUCGCAGGUUAUAGAUGGUUUUGCUGGUGAGAGGACAGGAUUAGGGUUCAGUCAGAAUGACGGUGAAUCUACGGAACCGAAAAAAGCUGUAGCUUACGGCGGGAUGAUGUUCACUAAGGGGGAAGUGCUGAAUGAGGAUAAGAAGGAUGAAGAGAUGGAAGACCUGAUAGAGCUGUUGGAUGCGAAGCUCAAGUUUCUGAACCAGCAGCAGCCGUAUGCCGUGACCCCCGUGCAGGAGAUGACUAUACAGAUGCAGACACUAGUAGCAGCGCACCUCCAACAGUCCAUCUCGCCGGGCUACCUCCGGCGCUGGCUGGCGGCCGCCGCGGCGUCGCUCGCGCGCCUCGAGGCCGCCGCCGCGCCGCCCGGCUGGACCUGCCGCUUCCAUAGGUCUCAGGCGCGCUACGAGUACCGGCGGGACAACGACGGGCUCACCCAGUGGGAGUAUCCUGCCGGCGCUGAUGAUAUGGACAUCUGCACCACGCCGCCGCCGCCGCCGCCUGAUGAUAAGGAGCCGCCGCUACCAGCCGCGCCGCCGCCGCCGCUGCCGCCCGCGCGCGUCGCCACCCCGCCGCCGCCCGCCUGGGGGCCCGAGCCAGAGCCUAAGCCGGAGCCAAAGAAAGAGAUCGGCGACGAGCUCCUAUCCUUCUACAACGACAUAGCCUCCCUAGACGCGCCCCCCGCGCCCGCGCCCCCGCCCCCCGCGCCCGCGCCGCCCCCGCGCGCACCCAGCGCCGAGCCCCCGCCGCCCGGGGAGGGGGUCGUGGAGAGAUACGAGCGGGUUGAGGCGAAGGCUGCGAGGAAGAAGUCUAAGGUGAAGAUCUCAGCGUCGAUGGGCAUGAAGCACAAGUCAGUGUCCAGCCUCGUGGCCAAGUGGCAACAGGUGGCCGACGAAAUACACUCGGAUUGAAUGUCAUGUCAAAACGGUCAAGAUAAUGAUUAACUAGGGAACUUGGUGUAAAUAGCAAAGUCCAUAUUUGUCAGCAGGAUGCAAAGAUAAAUUUGAAAUAAGUAAAAGAGACUAACUACAUUUUUAUACCUAUUACAAAUAAGCUUUCUGUUAAAUGUGGCCUCAUCCAUACUCAACUAUAGAUUUAUAAUGUGUCUCGGGCACAACUCAGUGAGAUUGGCCGCAGUGGUCGAAUAUUGGAUCAUUAAUAUAAGAUGUGUAAAUAAUCCAUUUUGAUAAGCUUUGUAAAUAUUUUUGUAACAUUUAGUUGUAAGGUCUAUGUGAAUAAAUAAAAUAUUUGUUUAUA